AUGGCCGAACAUUCCACCCAUAUUCGACACGUACUCCUUUACGAGUUCGAAUGUAGCCACCCUGCUGCUGAAGCCCAUCGACAAUUAAGUCAAGUAUUCGGCAGUGAAGCCCCUUCUAAGCGGUCUUUGCGCACCUGGUUCCGGCGCUUCAGAGCAGGAAACAAGAAGCUCGAAGAUGAGCCUCGCUCUGGUCGACCGACUGCAAUAUCGCUCGACGAACUGAAGAAUCUGACGGAGCAGCAUCCAUAUGAAGGUGUACGGUAUUUUGUUGACAGUCUUGACUGUUCGCUCUCCACCGUGAGCAAUGGACUGCGAUCUCUCGGAAUGGUGAAAAAGCUUGGUCAAUGGCUCCCACAUGCAUUGAGCAACGGCAACCGCCAAAGUCGCUGGGACAUCUGCACUCACCUGCUCUCCAGAAGCCGCAGAUUUGACAGACAAUGCCAGAUCCUUUCGUGA